AUGGCGACCUCCAUGAACACCAUGAAUGUUUUACUGGGCAUCAGCUGUUUUGUCUUUGUUUGCGUCUUAUUCGCAGCAGGAGUUACGUCUGAUGAGGAAUUUGAAGGUUCAAGAACGCUUACACUAGAGCACAGUUUUAAUUCAGGAUCACAAUUUACUAAACGUGGCAUUAUAAGUGUUCAGUCUUUGAAGGGAAGCAAGGCCUCCUUCACCUCAGCCUCUGCAUUGUCUAAGGAUGAAAUCCAGCAGUUGAAGUCUGCAGCAAAAAAUGAUGGCCUAUACAGAAUUAGGAUUCCAUUGAAAAGCACUUCUGAUGUGGGGACAUCAUAUGUGUCUUCUGCUACCAAAGCUUGUGGGAUUGUGGAAUCUGGACUUCAUGACGAAAUCACAGUUAAUUUUGACCAGUCAGGAGAAGUGCUUGGGGUCAGCAUUCGUGCAAAUGUGCCAGCUUGUACAGGGCUGGAGGUACCCGACACAAAUUUAACCACAUGGAAGACAUCAGUAGAGGUCUCAACAACAGUAGCUGGACCUUCACCUGAUACGCAGACUUACAUUGAGAAGAUGAAGCGUGAUGAGCAAGAAAAGUUGAAGAACCAAGAUGGAGACAACCGCUCCUUUCUGAGCAAAUAU